AUGCAAUGGAACUGCAGCUGUUGGAAAGGGCGAUGGCUGUGCAUGGUAUUGUUGAUAGCGUUGUGUCCCUUAAUUUUAUGCCAAAAGAUCGGUGACCCAUAUAAAAUAUUGGGCAUCCAUCGUCGGGCUACACUACCUGAAAUUCGCAAGGCAUAUAGGCAACUAGCAAAGGAAUGGCAUCCAGAUAAGAAUGAAGAUCCUAAUGCAGAGUCUCGGUUUGUUGAAAUUAAGCAGGCUUAUGAGCUGCUCUCAGAUGCAGAACGUAGGCAGGCUUAUGACCUGUAUGGCAUUACCAAUGAAGAUGACCACAUGUAUAAGCAAAGACAUGACUACAGCCAGUAUGCUAGAUUUAGUAAUGAUCCAUUUGACUUCUUUAGUGCACACUUCCGUGCACAGGACCAAGACAUAACAUUAUUCCAUAUAUUGUCAGUUACAACCAGGCAUUUUGAAAAUAACAUUCUCGAGAAAAGUGUCCAUACUCCAGCAUUAGUCCUAUUUUAUACUGACUGGUGUUUUGAUUGUGUUCGGUCUGCGUCUGCCUGGAGAAAACUGGUGGAAGCUCUUCAGCCACUUGGCAUCACAUUAGCUACUGUCCAUGCUGGACACGAAUCGAGUUUAGCAAGAAGGAUUGGAGUACAUGGUGUUCCCUGCCUUACUUUUAUUCUAGACAAGCAGAUCUAUAUCUAUAAAGAUAGCCUUGCUUCUUUGCCAAAAAUAUUGGAGUACAUACGCUGGAAGUUCCCUUAUAAAAUGAUACAUAAUCUUAAUGAUGGUAAUUCUGAUGCGUUUUUAAAUGAUUUUGAAGAUAACAAAGUGAAGGCUUUGAUAUUUGAAGAAAGGCAUGUGAUCAGGCUGCGGUACCUCAUAACCGCUUUUCAUUAUAGGGACUGGGUGUCGUUUGCUUUCGUCGACAUAUCCGUUCGUAACACACAAAACCUCACUGCCCGGUAUAAUGUGCAACGUAAUAUGGACACGAUGGUGCUGAUCAAAGAGGAUUCUCUGGAACCAGCCGCAACAGUCAGUACUACUGAGAUACCAACCCAGACUCUCACGCAGCUCAUAGAGGCAAAUCAAAUUCUCACUUUACCUCGUUUAUCAUCACAGAGCGUAUUAGAUACGGUGUGCCCCGUUGAGUGGCGAGCUACACGACGUAGGUUAUGCUGCGUAGUAAUAACGAAGGACUCGCACGUGCUGCGCGAUUUGAGACCGCUGGCUCGACGUGCACCAGAAAGGCUGCGUUACGCGUAUCUCUAUGCGCACAAGCAGCCGGACUUUGUCACUGCGCUAGCCAAUGGAUCUGGCAUAGACAUAUCGUCAAUCGAACACCGCAUAGUAGUGAUUUGGCGGCGGGAAGCUACGCGGGUACAAUUCGAAUGGCUGAACGAAAGCUGGCCGAGUUGCGCUCGUUGCGAGGACGACCCCACUUACCAACAGCGGGUGAACGAGACGACGCGGGCUUUGGAACAGCUGGUUAAGAGACUACUCAAACCGAAUGAGGUGGUCGCGUAUGAGGCUCACGUACAGGAGUUGCUGGAUGAAGCAGCAAAGAGCGCAAUAUGGCGCGCGUUCCUCAAAGUCGGCGAAUGGAGUGAACGAGCCAUUCUGGCUCUUAAAACGCAGCAUGCCAUCUCAGCUAUAUCUGUGUUGGCCACAGUGGCUUUGGUUUUGGCGAUUGGGUAUCUAAUGGCGUACCUGAUUCGGGUCGAAGAGGAGUCGAUUCAGCGCCAGAAACAGGAGAGAAGCCAGAACGGAGCCAACAAGACCGAGCCACAACCAGAGAUGCGGUUGCACGAGCUCAGAGCGGAGAAGUACAACGGACUUGUAAGAUUACAGAAACCCGGCUGCCGAACGAUCGUGCUCUUGGUAGAUAUGCAGAGUCGGGUGCAACUGUUGUCCAAAUUUCACAAGAUUGUUUGGCCUUAUCGCAAAAACAAGACGCUAGUGUUCGCUUAUCUGUGCGUGGAACGCGGCGUGGAGUGGUUCAAGCGUGUUCUAGAGCUGUCGUUGGGCGGCGGCGCGCUUCGUAUCAACGCGCGCAACUGCGUGGGCACCGUGCUCGCACUCAACCCGCAUCGGAAAUACUUCUGCAUCUACCACGCCAAGCACCCGGAGUGUGCGAAGCCUCAUAAGCGCAUGACUCGCAUGACCCGAUCGCUCGGUGGUGGCGUGGUGGACCCCGAAGCGGGCGCGUUCAUCGGAUUCACGACGGACCCGGAAUCGUCCGAUGACGAAUUGUAUGAUCCGCCGGUGCUUUUACAAGAGAACCUCCUCGACGGCUUAGAAAACUGGUUGGACCGUCUGUUCGAAGGGAGCACGCACCGCUACUACGUCAACUACUGGCCCGACAUGACAACCAAGUGA